AUCACGGGAGUUCCUCCCCUCGCCGAAUCAUUAUGGACCGGCUGAUCUGCUCGCGCAAGGCUAUGACUCAAUUCAGGAUGCCUCGCAAGACCUGCAAGGACUGUUUGACUGACCAGAGCAUGCUGUACGGUCGAGAACUGCCGUCAAAGGAUGGUGAUCCUUUUUCACGUCUUUCCGCGGCAGAGGGAUCAAAAGAUCCGUCCUGGGAUGACGGAAAUGUCAUUGGGACGAAUCGCCUCAAUACUUCUUCUUUUGCCACCUCAUCGAUACUUGAUCAACCGUGCACAAUCUCGCCAGUGUCGAGACUAAUUCUCAUUCAUCAUGCCCGUCGAACUCAGCGCACCCCCCUUUGCAGGGCAACAGCUCCCUUACGCUCCGAAAUUUGUACCGCAUGAUGAUGUUGAUGGCGAUGCACAGUCGUUGGCUUCUGGUCCUCGAUCAAUAGUGGGAUCUGCUUUCGUCCCAGCUGCUCAAAGGGGCCAGAUUAGCACUCCUCAUCGAGCUAUUCCCGCGUUGUCAGAGGCUGGCUACACCCACCCCAGUCUGCGUGUGCCCGCCCCCGCUUUACCUGGAUAUGCUCCUUCGUCCACGUCAAAACCAUACGGAGUGCAGUCUUCUUACCUGCCGACUCCGACAUCACCCCAACAUCCUGCUCCUUAUGUGAUCAAGCAUACAGCCUCGACUGCCAUUCGACAGGAUGGCUGGAUGCCAGCUUCUUUGCCUGUUCCUCGACGUGCGCCGCCUCCAGCGUUGACCUCUGACGUCUCUCAACGUGAGCCGCAUCGACUGACUACUGCUAUCCCGUCUGCACGCUCCAUUCGUCGACACAGUCCCUCAGAUGACGAGUCUUCGGACGGUAGCUAUUACAGUAGAGCGAAGGACGAUCGACACAGAGCGACAAGAACUCGGGCAAGCUCGGCAGCGAGCUCAGUGAUGCCUUCGAGGCUCACUCCCCGCAUACGCCACCACGGGCGACAUGAGCAUCAUCAUCAACAUCAUACCCGCGAAUAUGUCCCGCCCGUCAAUCUUCACUCUCCUGUGUCUCCAUCUCCGUUGUCAGCUGUGAUUACGAAACCCCGACGAAUCGACACUUCUCAUCUGCAACCCUCAGACGCCUCUAUGAUCCCUCCUCCUUCAGUGGAUGAGCGCUUUCACGAUCUGAAAAAUCACGAGCGUCAUGCUUCUCGGCCUCGGAGCAAUAGAGGGACUGCCAUUCCGCCUUCACUAUCCCGUCGAGCUCCGGAUACUCUGUGGAAGUCGAAGCCUAUCGCAAAGUCUGUCAGGGGUCCUUAUCGCCGGAAUGGUCAGAUGGAAGACGGGCUAGGUGCGCUUAGUUUAGAUGAACGACAGCAUCAUCACACCGGCGCUGCAGCGGGGUACUCUUCAUCCAUGUACCAAGCGCCCAGCGUCUUGGGCGUGCCUGAUGGUCAGGCAUCAGUAUACGACGAUCGGGCGAGUGUGGCCGGGAGCGCGUUGACGUUCCUGGAUGGCCCCAUCGACGGCAGGACCAGCCAUUAUGGCUUGCCAAAGUACCCGAGGGAUGUCAAGCCAGAUUAUAGAAGAUUCAUGGUGCAGCGAGGCAACGCUGAUGUAUAUCUCGAUUAGGGAGAGUGAAAAGUUUGUGCAUGAGAUUCACCAGAACUACAACGGGAUCGUAGGCAUCCUUUCGUCAAUCUGUGUCUUCUCCUCGUCGUCCAUAAUUUUGACUGGACCUCUUUGCACUAAUUCCCCUCG